AUGCCGGUUACCGUACCCUCGAGUGAAAUCUCUCAACAACGUAACUUGGAGAAUUCUCAUGGAGUUCCCAGACCUAGACAUUCGCAACGCAGCGGAGGGAACAGCAGGCCUAACGAUGUUACCCGCAGAAAUAAUCUGAGCUGGACUCAGCGGGUCACCGUUCUUUCGAUACCUCCGUCCUCUCCAACUGAACCUCCAAGAGCACUGGAGCGAAACCGUGUAACUAUGCUAGUCAUGCCUUCCUCGUCUCUUGACGAUGUGGAGUUGGGAAUACCGGACCAGGACUCUUUCGCUAGGCCCAGAUCCCACAGGUCUUUCGCCACACGAUCGCUAGCUUCUGACCGUGCGAUGGCCCCGCCGGAAGUAAGAGCCGCUGCUACGUUUCGGUCUUCCAUAGUAUACCGCUCCAAUGACGACCCCCCAAAUGCCACAUCGGUUCCCAAAGAUGACCUUUUGAAAGACACGUUGGUCGCCGAGAAAAUUCCGAGGAAACGGAUUGUGAAGAGAGCUAGUAGAUGGAUUAGAUUCCAGCUUUGGUUUAAUACAUAUCGUAAAUUCUUUACAACCGUGUUGGCCUUCAACCUACUUGGUUUCAUCUUGGCCGCGACGGGCGUGUGGUCGUAUCCAAGACAUUAUACUGGCGCGUUCAUCCUGGGAAAUCUAUACAUUGCUAUUCUCGUUCGCAACGAGCUGUUUGGACGGUUUUUAUACUUAUUCGUGAAUACUUUAUUUGCAAAGUGGUCCCCGCUUGGAUUCCGUUUGGCAUGCACAUCUGCCCUUCAACAACUCGGCGGUAUCCACUCUGGAUGUGCUAUUUCUGGAUUCAUUUGGUUUGUAUUUCGGGUAGUUAUAUUGUUCAUUAACCACUCGAACAUCCACGAUGCAAUCAUCGCCAUGGGAGUGGUAACGAACGUCGUCAUUGGCCUCUCUAUCGUCUCUGCGGUUCCUUGGGUUCGCAAUACGCACCACAAUGUCUUCGAGCGACACCAUCGUUUUCUGGGCUGGGCUGGUUUGAUUUUCACAUGGAUCUUCGUUAUCCUGGGAGACAGCUACGAUUCAAAAACCCACACCUGGAACCGUGGUGCCAGCAUCUUUCGGCAGCAAGAUUUUUGGUUUGCUAUGGGAAUGACUGCCUUCAUCCUGACUCCGUGGCUGACAAUUCGGGAAGUCGAAGUGCACGUCGAAAUUCCAUCUCCAAAGGUGGCUGUCCUCCGGUUCAAACGGGGAAUGCAGCAGGGAUUGCUGACGAGAAUAAGCCGAAGUGCCAUUUUGGAGUAUCAUGCAUUUGGGAUCAUCUCGGAAGGGACGAGCUCCGACGUUCAUUACCUCAUCUGCGGAGUACAAGGUGAUUUCACAAAGUCGCUUGUAGAAAGCCCACCGACGCGAAUCUGGACACGUCAAUUGAAGUUUGCCGGGGUAUCGAACACAUCUACACUUUACAAACGUAGCAUCCGAGUUUGUACUGGGACGGGUCUUGGUGCCGCGCUUUCGACGUGUUUACAGGUAUGGACUGAAGAAAAUAGUGACCCAUUUGAAACUAAUGAAAUUUCUCAUUGGAAGAGUCCCGACUGGUACCUGAUCUGGAUCGGUUCUGAUCAAGAAAAGACUUUCGGACCAACCAUCUCAGGACUUAUCCACCGAAACUUAGGCCCCGAGCGCGUCACACUCUGGGAUUCCAAGAAGCGAGGUGAGCCGGAGUUCAGAGGGGAACGCAUGAGACUGAACGCAUGCCUAGGUGGACGACCAGAUGUCAUGGAACUCAUCAAAGAAGCGUACCACUCUUGGGGUGCGGAAGUUGUUUUCAUCACCUCUAACCUUCAAGGGAACACAGAAAUGAUGGAAGGAUGCAAGGAAGCUGGCAUUCCUGCUUUCGGUACCUUGUGGGAUUUUUGA